CCAUAACCCGACUCUUAGUGCGAUACGGGCGACGAAAACAGAGUUAACUCUGUCUCUACUGAAACACGCGAUAGGAGCUCAGCAUCGCGGUGAAUAUUUCGCACUUCACCCAAAUUGACUGCAAUACCCUUCAGCUCAGCUCCAUUUACUCCAUCUCCAUCGAAUUUCCGCCACAAUCAACCACCAAUUGCUCAUAAUCGACGUGUUCAGUGAGGAUCAUUGGGUCGGACAUCGUGGUUGCCGUUGUAGCACUUGUAGUUUAAAAUUUCAUAAUGUGCUUACCCAAUUCGAAUUUCUGACCACGGGUGCUUUGAUUGUUAGGUUGCAAGCUAACGUUCUUGGUCUCUCGCUCGCCGUGCUUGCCAUGUCCGACCACGACGAUGUUCAGCAGGUAUGUUCGGCAUAUCUCGGUACCUGACUUUAAAUUAGGUUGCUAUUGAGCCGAAAUGGCCUUUUAAAUUUGUUGCUAAGGGGUCGCCUAUAUGUUGUAAUAUGUGUUAGACUGCGGUCCUCUGAAUUUGGCUUAAUAAGUAUACGUGAUUCCAGAAAUUGGCACUGCUGAUAUUGAAGUCAGUAUGUGUUCUGUGUUUAAAUCAACGAUGGUGUCUUGCGUUGGCAGAUACGUUGGCCAUUUUGAGGUUUUGUAAACAAACUAAGAAAUACAUGUGGUCAUGAACCCCCAUAUCCUUCACCAUUUGUGCCCCAGUGUCCAUUCAGCAAUUGAUUUAGGCAUACAAUUCCAUGGAUUUUAGGGUUACACAAAUACCAUCCAGCAAUUGAUUUAGGCAUUUUAUUAACGUUUUUUUUUAAAACGAUGUAAUGUGAUGAUUCAACUGUGCUUGUCUGUCAUUUGAGCUGAUGUUGUUGUAUUUGUAGCACCUCCAGUAAGCUAUGCUGACAUUUGCUCAUGUAGAUGGAUAGACAGGAGCCAACCGAGGUACUGAUAUUGCUUGAGGAAAUAAUGCGAAACUAUCGGCUAAACAUGCUUCUUGUCAGCAUGUUCAUCACAAUGUUCAGAUCGAACGAACGGAGUAGGAAACGGGGGGGGGAGAGUUACCCAAGAAGUAAUGAUUGACUCCAUUCUGGCGCAUGUAAAGCAGCUGGAUAGGCUUGUCCGGGUCAGUGAUCGUUCAUGUAUAGACAAUUUGCGGAUGGAUAGAAACACGUUCGGUAGAUUAUGUCGAAUUCUUCGUGACCGGGCUGGAUUAAUAGACCAGAAAUUUGUCACGGUGGAGGAACAAGUUGCUAUAUUUUUGUCCAUCCUAGCUCAUCACAAAAAGACAAGGGUUGUGGGUCACGAUUUCAUGCGUUCUUCUGAAACAGUGUCUAAGUAUACACAUAUGGUGCUCCGUGGGGUGCUUACGUUGCAUGAGAUUAUGUUAGUGAAACCUAAUCCGGUUGGUGAUGAUUGCACGGGCUCAAGAUGGAAGUGGUUUAAGGGUUGUCUAGGAGCUUUAGAUGGGACAUACAUACCCGUACGAGUACCCAUUGUUGACACACCACGUUAUCGUAAUAGAAAGGGGCAAGUGUUGGGAGGGUUCAGCUGGUGA